AUGAGCGUGGGAAGAGGUUCACAAAAAGUAUCUCAAGAUGCGAUUGGGGCCACUCCAAUGAACAAAAAUAUGGGCAUGACUUCAGCAAAGAAGGUGCCCAAACGAAAACUCAUAUCAAAUAAUAAAAAGAACCAUGAUGAUUAUGUUAAUAACAUGCUAAGCCAUAGCAAAAAGGCUAAAAGAAGAAGAGCACAGGAGACGUCUAGAAAUGGGUGA